GAACAUGAAAUGCGUCUGUCGGACUGCCAGCAUUCAAAGCUCCUCUGAAUCUUUGUAGGUUGGAAAUACUUUUUUUUCUCCCUUCUUUUUGGAAAAUAGCUCUAACGCCAACCAUCCAGCCUAUGCAGAAAAAUGAGAGGAAAGAAACGGUUACUUUCUAUAAUACUUAUAUCAGUGAUGAUGAGUUUAUUACGAGUACAGAUUUCAUGCGGACAAGUGCAAGAAGACUCUUGCACAGUUCAGAUCCUUGUUCCUGGACUUAAAGGAGAACCAGGAGACAAAGGACAGAAAGGAGCCCCCGGCAGAGCGGGAAGAGUUGGCCCUCCAGGAGAGAUGGGGGAACCUGGGCUUAAAGGACAGAAAGGCAUCAUGGGACGAUAUGGAAAAGCUGGUCCAAAUGGAAUGAAAGGGGCCAAAGGAGACAUGGGUGACCCAGGUCCGAGAGGCCCUAAUGGGGAGCCAGGUGUUCCAUGUGAGUGCGCAUCAAUGAGAAAAAUGAUUGGAGAAAUGGACAUAAUCGUCACCCAGCUAUCCUCAGAGCUGAAAUUCAUUAAAAAUUCACUGCCCUCCCCUGCAGCUGUUGCUGGCAUUAAAGAGACAGACAGUAAGGUCUAUCUGUUGGUGAAGGAGGAGAAGCGGUACGUCGACGCAGAGGUCUACUGUCAGACGAGGGGAGGGCACCUCGCCAUGCCCAAGGACGAGGGGACCAACGCAGCCAUUGCAGGGUACAUAACUGAGGCAGGCCUGAGCAGAGUCUACAUUGGCAUUCAUGAUCUUGACCGUGAGGGCGUUUUCACCUACGUCGAUCACUCUCCCAUGACCACCUUCAGCAAAUGGAGAAAAGGAGAGCCCAACAAUGCCUAUGAUGAUGAGGACUGUGUUGAAAUAGUGGCCUCUGGAGAGUGGACUGAUGUAGCGUGCCAUCCCACCAUGUACUUCAUCUGUGAAUUUGACAAAGAUGCUGUCUGAGAUGAACCAAUGAACUGCUAAAAUAUAAAUAUACAAAUCAUGCAAGGCCUAUUUAUUGCCUGAGUUUGGGAAACAGCUUGACAUUUUUUCUGAAUUUUAUUCAUUCUAAGUACAUCCUUAAUCUUAUAUUCUGUAAAUUAUUUGUGUUUCCAACAUGUCAGGCAGUAUAUUGAGUGUUUAUAUUAUGCAAAAUAUUCUGUAAAGUCCCAUUGACAAACAAGGCAAAUAAGCAGAGGGCUAUAGAUUGUUUAGAGAAAUAUCUAAUUAAAAGACAGCUGUUGGUUCCA